GCGGCGAUCCCGCGAGGCAGUCCAGUCGUCCGUGCGGCAAAGCAGCACCGCCCCGCCAUGUCCACGUCGCUACCGCUCCCCAAGGGGUACUUUGACAUGAGUCGCAUCACAGAAGCUGAGCGCGAUCAGUACACGGAAUACGCCGCCAGCGCGAUUCGAAAGGUGUUCGCGCUCUCCGACUCGCACAAGAACUCGUGGGUCCCAGUCGUCGAGAAAAAAGGAGUGUCCAUCUACCGCAACUUUUCCAACGUCCCCAAACCUCGGUCCAACUCGACCGCGACGGCAUCGUCGCAGACGAAUGCGUACGCGUACAAGAGCAACAUCGCCGAGGUCGGGUGCAAAAGCACGAUGCAAGCGUCACUGGAUGAAAUCUGCCGCGCGUUCUCGGCACACGACGACGGACUCUUUCGACGCCUCAUGCGCAAGUUGAACCCGCGCGUCGUCGACGCUGCUGUCCUGCAAAACAUCGUCCCACGCACGCCCGAGCACCCGUACCGGUACGUCGGGAUCAAGUGGUUUGCCGUCAAGUCGUCCAGCAUGAUGGUGACGAACCGCGACUAUUGCUGCCUCGAAGUGAUGGAUCGCAUCGUGGACAACCAAGGGCAUGACAUGUUCGUUCGUGUCUUGUCGUCGAUUGAUAUUCCCGAGUGUCCGUCGCUCGAGAACUCGCAUGGGUUUGUCCGAGGCAAGAUCCUGGCGGGGUACAUCUACCGCAUGGACUCGAUGGAGGCCAAGGUUGCGCGGCUACACCACGUUGCCCGGUUUGACCCGAACGGGUAUUGCCCGACCCAGCUCAGCUACAAGAUCGCUGAAAAGGACGUCGUGACGUCCAUGGUCCAGCUCAAGCGAAUCAUCGAGAAGCAGCAAAUGACUUCGUGCGUGCUCCUGGACAAGGCGCAAUGGGUCCCGUCCGCAUCCCGAUCGUCAUGUACUGUGUGUGGUCGAGGAUUUGGACUGUUUCGGCAUCGCCACCACUGCCGCGCAUGCGGAGAAGUCAUUUGCGGCAAGUGUUCGAUCCAACGACCCGUCGAAGUCCCCGGCACAAGCCUCAAAAAGGUGCGCAUUUGCACGUUGUGCAACAUGGGGGUGAACAAGGGGACGGACGGCGAGAUGAUGCAGGAGCUGUCGAUGCUCUCGGUCACGUCGGGCGCGACCCAAGCGUACAACGAAAUGAACAUGUACGACUUGUACAACGCCAACGGCCCGAGCACCCCCAGCGCAUACUCAACUGCAUCGAACGGCUCCAACAUCUCUAACGUUUCGUACCGAAGCACCGCCACCGAUUACCAGCGAGGACAAGGGUCCACCGGCCAACAGCCCCCACAACUCGUCCCUGCCCCCGUUCCCAUGUCCCGCAACCCAUCGUGGGGUCGCAUCGGGUCCCAGGAGUCCAUGUCCGGUCGCAGUCAGCUUACCAAACCCGUCGACUUGUCGUACUUGCCUAAGACUUCGACGACACCAUCCUCGUCGUCCAAUGCCUACCAGCGCCGACACAGCGCCGCCGCAACGACGCCCCGGUCGCAAGCCAAGCUCGAUCUGUCGUACUUGCCGCAAACACCGAAAACGCCGCGAGGACAACACUGGAGCAGCAGUGGCCCCACCACGCCCGAGACCCCCAACCGGACGGCCCCGCCGAGUCUCCCCACGACUCCCAACAAUCAUACACUCACCGUGCCUAGCCCUCUUGCGGCACCAACAAUCGCCCCCACGAAGCCACGACAGACCACGUACUUUGGCGAAGGCUCGUUGAACUUUGGCAAGCCGUCCGCUGCUACGUACGGAGCGCCUUCCGAUCCCGCGCGCCCCAGCCAGACUGUCGAAGUUGCCAGAUCCAUGGAGGACCUCCUCCGCAAGAGCUACAGCGGGAUCGCCGUUGAUUACGUGUACAAUAUGCUUGGCGACCGCACGCAGCCGUCGCUGAACCCUUGCAACGUACCAGCCCAAGCCACAUAGACGACUACCCAUAUUGCUCAUAUAAAGUAUUUAACUUACCCCACGCCAUCUUUCGUUGAGUUAGGGGCUCGCGACCGACUAGAGCCA